GAUGGCUUGAGAGGAAACUCAACUUAUGUGGCAUCUUGUCGAAACGUCCCUGUCCAAGGUCCUGAAAUCUGCUUUCCCAAGCACGCGUCAUGUGAUUUCUCCCAGCACUGCCUAGCUCAGCACCAAGCCUACUGGUUUCUGGAGAUUUCAUGUGAGAAAAGGACGAACCCCGAACCCCUUCCCCUCUCAUCUUGCGUUCUUUAGACUGUUUUUUCACUCACACACACACACACACACACACACACACACACACACACGCACCCCACCCCCACCCCUUCCGUCUUUUUCUUUUGUAGGAUAAUGUGGACCUUUAAAGCGCUCGGAGUAUGACAAAAGAUUUUAAGAUGCUGGACUUGUGCUGCUCGUUUGGUUCCUCUCUUUAUACUUAAAUGCCAGCACGGUGAAUGCGUCGGACAGAGUGGACAAGCCUGCUGCUUGUGAUCCGCAUUCAGAAAGUCAACAUCUUCUCUUUCUUGAUUUUUUCUCUCUCUCUGGAGUGACUUCAGAAGGAUGUAACGACCGAUCCACCUUGCGCAGCUGAAGUCUCCUCAUCAAAAUGCAGAAGGGAAUACGACUUAAUGAUGGUCAUGUCACCUACCUGGGGUUUUUGGCAAAAAAGGAUGGUACAAGACGAGGGUGCUUGAGCAAAAAGAGCUCAGACAACACGAAAUGGCACUCAAAGUGGUUUGCUUUGUUACAGAAUAUGCUCUUUUAUUUUGAGAACGAGUCCAGCUCUCGACCCUCGGGAUUAUACCUGUUGGAGGGAUGCAUAUGCGACAGGGCGCCUUCACCUAAACCUUCACUGUCAGCCAAGGAGUGUUUGGAGAAGCAGUACUAUUUCACUGUCAGCUUCACCCAUGAAAACCAGAAGGCACUCGAGUUACGCACAGAAGAUGUAAAGGACUGCGAUGAAUGGGUGGCAGCAAUAUCACACGCCAGUUACAGAAACUUGGCCACCGAGCAUGAGACUCUCAUGCAGAAGUAUCUUCAUCUGCUUCAGAUUGUGGAGACUGAGAAAACAGUUGCUAAGCAACUUCGACAACAGAUAGAAGAUGGGGAAAUAGAAAUUGAAAGGCUUAAGUCAGAGAUCUCUGGGCUGCUCAAAGACAAUGAGAAGAUUCACGCCAGCCCUGCUGCAGCCCCAACCGAUGACGACUCAGAAAUCAAGAAAAUCAAAAAAGUCCAGAGCUUCCUGCGAGGCUGGAUCUGCAGGAGGAAGUGGAAGACAAUCAUCCAGGAUUACAUCCGCUCACCACAUGCAGAGAGCAUGAGGAAGAGGAACCAGGUGGUGUUCAGCAUGUUGGACUCGGAGGCCGAGUACGUCCAACAGCUUCACAUCCUGGUGAACAACUUCCUGAGGCCGCUCCGCAUGGCAGCCAGCUCCAAGAAACCACCCAUCACCCACGAUGAUGUUAGCAGCAUAUUCCUCAACAGUGAAACUAUCAUGUUUCUACAUCAGAUAUUUUACCAGGGUCUAAAAGCCAGAAUAGCGAGCUGGCCGACAUUAGUGCUGGCCGACCUGUUCGACAUCCUGCUGCCCAUGCUAAACAUCUACCAGGAGUUUGUGAGGAACCACCAGUACAGCCUGCAGAUCCUGGCUCACUGCAAGCAGAACCGAGAUUUUGACAAGCUGCUAAAGCAGUACGAGGCCAAGCCCGACUGUGAGGAGAGGACUCUGGAGACUUUCCUCACCUACCCCAUGUUCCAGAUUCCCCGCUACAUUCUUACGCUUCACGAACUUCUGGCCCACACACCCCAUGAACAUAUAGAGAGAAACAGUCUGGACUACGCAAAAUCUAAGCUGGAGGAGCUUUCCAGAAUCAUGCACGACGAAGUGAGUGAGACUGAAAACAUCAGGAAGAACCUGGCAAUAGAGCGCAUGAUCGUGGAGGGCUGCGAGAUUCUCCUCGACACCAGCCAGACAUUUGUAAGACAAGGGUCUCUCAUCCAGGUGCCGAUGAGUGAGAAGGGCAAGAUCACCCGUGGGCGACUGGGCUCUCUGUCUCUGAAGAAAGAGGGGGAGAGGCAGUGCUUUCUCUUCUCCAAGCAUUUAAUCAUCUGCACCAGGGGUUCUGGGGGAAAGCUUCAUCUCACCAAGAAUGGAGUAGUCUCGCUUAUAGACUGCACUCUUAUGGAGGACCCUGAGGGAACAGAUGAUGAGUCCAAAUCAGACAAGAGCGGCCAGGACAUGGAGCACCUGGACUUCAAAAUUGUCGUGGAGCCAAAGGACAGUCAGUCAUUCACAGUCAUCCUGGUGGCCUCCUCGAGGCAGGAGAAGUCUGCAUGGACCAGUGACAUCAGCCAGUGCAUAGACAACAUCCGCUGCAAUGGGCUGAUGAUGAACGCCUUUGAAGACAACUCCAAAGUCACAGUGCCACAGAUGAUUAAGUCAGAUUCAAGUCUGUACUGCGAUGAUGUGGACAUCCGCUUCAGUAAGAUGAUGAACUCCUGCAAGGUGCUGCAGAUCCGCUACGCCAGUGUCGAGCGCCUGCUGGAGAGACUGACCGACCUCCGUUUCCUCUCCAUCGACUUCCUCAACACCUUCCUGCACUCCUAUCGCGUGUUCACCACCGCUGAUGUGGUUCUAGACAAGCUCAUCACCAUCUACAAAAAGCCCAUCAGUGCCAUACCUGCUCGGUCCCUGGAGUUAUUCUUUGCCAGCAGUCAGAACAGUAAACUCCUGUAUGGAGAGCCUCCCAGCUCCCCGAGGGCCAGCAGAAAGUUCUCCUCCCCUCCUCCUCUCGCUAUCACCAAGAAUUCAUCCCCAAACCGCCGGCGCAAGCUCUCCCUCAACAUCCCCAUCAUCACUGGGGGCAAAGCUCUUGACCUGGCUGCCCUCAGCUGCUCCUCAAAUGGCUAUGCAAGCAUGUACUCAACCAUGUCCCCAUUCAGCAAGACCACCUUGGACAUCAACAAACUGUACGUAUCCAGCCCUAUCGCGAGCAAAAUCCCUGAUGAGGGAGAGGACAAGAAGGACAAGGUGGAAGACACCUUGGUGUCCAAACAAGAUCUCUCUGUACGAGAAGAAAGUGACAAUGAUCAAAACCAGAGUGAUGACGGGGACCCAGAAGCCUCUCCCACCAAGUCACCAACCACCCCAAAAAACGUCAAAUGCAAAAACUCCUCAGAGUUCUCCCUGUUUUCAUACAACAAUGGCAUGGUGAUGUCCUCGUGUCGAGAGCUAGAUAACAACCGCAGUGCCCUGUCUGCUGCCUCCGCCUUUGCUAUUGCUACUGCUGGAGCCAAUGAGGGAACACCUACCAAGGAAAAAUAUCGAAGGAUGUCCCUUGCCAGUACUGGCUUCCCAACAGAUCAGAGAAAUGGAGACAAAGAGUUUGUGAUCAGACGAGCAGCGACCAACAGAGUCCUGAAUGUCCUGAGGCACUGGGUGUCCAAACACUCUCCGGACUUUGAGAGUAACAAUGAGCUGAAGACAAAAGUUAUCGCCUUCCUGGAGGAAGUGAUGCAUGACCCUGAGCUGUUGACCCAGGAGAGGAAAGCAGCAGCAAACAUCAUCAGGACUCUAACUCAGGAAGAUCAUGGUGACAAUCAGAUCACCCUUGAAGAUGUGACACCACUGGUGGAAGGAGGGAAGGCCGAUCCCUUUGAGAACCACUCUGCGUUGGAGAUCGCAGAGCAGCUCACUCUGCUGGACCACCUGGUAUUUAAGGUCAUCCCAUAUGCGGAAUUCUUUGGACAAGGCUGGAUGAAGAAUGACAAAAAUGAGAAGACGCCGUACAUCAUGAGAACAACAAAGCACUUCAAUGAUAUAAGCAACCUUAUUGCCACAGAGAUCCUGCGCUGUGAGGAUGUGGUCACUCGAGUAGCGGUCAUAGAGAAAUGGGUGGCUGUAGCAGACAUCUGUCGCUGUCUCCACAACUACAACGCCGUGCUUGAGAUCACCUCCUCCCUCAACCGCAGCUCUGUCUUCCGCCUCAAGAAGACCUGGCUCAAGGUUUCCAAGCAGACAAAAGCAUUGAUUGACAAGCUUCAGAAGCUAGUCUCAUCAGAGGGGAGGUUCAAAAACCUCAGAGAGGCUUUGAAGAACUGUGAUCCUCCCUGUGUGCCCUAUCUGGGGAUGUACCUCACUGACCUGGCUUUCAUUGAGGAGGGAACGCCAAACUACACCGAAGACAACUUGGUCAACUUCUCAAAGAUGAGAAUGAUUUCUCACAUAAUCAGAGAAAUCAGGCAGUUUCAGCAAACAGCAUACAAGAUUGACCUGCAACCAAAGGUAGCCCAGUAUCUACUGGAUAACAGCUUUGUUCUGGAUGAAGAAAGCCUGUAUGAAGCGUCACUCAGAAUUGAGCCCAAAGUGCCCAACUGAUGGGGAAGCUGGUCCUCCACAUUAUUUUCUCUGUUAAUAUUACACAUCAUUUAACAUACACAUCAGCUUUUGUAUAGUUGUACAUGUUUAAGAUGUUUGCUUCUCUGUAUAGUAUGUUUAAGGUUGUUUAAGGACACAAAAUCUUUAAGUGUUUAUUUUUGGUUUGUUACUGUUGCUAUGGCGCCACCUGCUUUAAGGAUUUUUAUUCAUUUCUUUGGGGUUUUUUCAAGCAUAAUAAGAGAGGUCACUUUGGUUGCACGCAACUGUGUCUUCUUAGUGACCAAUGACCUUAUUUUGCAUCAUCUCAUACUGUGUCGACUUUGCACUUUCUGAGCACUCAUGCUCAGAAAAGGGCCGUUGUUUGAGUUUUAUCGAUGACUGAGUUUCUCUGCAACCAAUGUAGCAUUGUAAAAAUGUAACUGCAUCAAAUCAGGUAAAAGAGCACAGAGAACUGUAUUUAAAGAUAGAGAGAAGAUGACAGUGAGGUACCUGAAGCAUAACUGUUUCUGUGCUUCACAAACUAAAACAAGGGAUGUGUUUGUUCUUUACUGCUCGCUACUCUAAAGUUAGGGGUUCCCAACUGUACUGCGGACUGUUUUUAUAUUAACAAUGUCAUUGUGGACCAGCCCAGUCGGAUGGAAAACAAAGUUACUAAUACUGAAUUAAUGCUCAAUGUGCUGAUGAUGGACUGGUUACCUCACAUACUCAUAAAUGUCUUUAAUUAAGAGUCUACUGCCAUGCUAGCAGCUCUGUGGGGCUUUACUUAGGCACAGCAGUGCUUUGAGCCAACUGCUGACAUCAGUAUGCUAACAUGCUCAAACUGACAAUGCUAACAAGCUCAUGUUUACCAUGUUCACCAUCUUUGUUUAGUGUGAAAGCAUGCUAACAUUUGCUAAUUAACACUAAACCAUACAGCUGAAGCAAAAUAUUGGACCAAUUAAAAUUUUGACCCAGUCACGGUGCUAGAUGAAAAGUCAGAGGAUCACCAAAGGUAUUAUAAUUCAUCCUGAGAGGGACAUGAAUGUCAUUUGUCAAUUUCAAGGCAAUCCAUCUAACAGUUGUUGAGACACUUCACUCAAAAACACAAAGGUGAACCUCAUGGUGGCGCUAAAGUAAAAGGUAAGGGAUCAUCCUCUGGUAAGCAUGGGUAUUUGUACAAAAUUUCAGUGCCAUCUCUCGAGCCACACCGCUAGCAUAUGGCUAAAUAUAUCAAAAUAUAUCACUAUAUCAACAUAUUGUUGUUGGGAACGUGACAAGAGCUGAUGAAAAAUGCAUUAUUUUAUAGUUAUUCAUGUUUUUUCGCAGAAUUAAAAAAACAGUUUCUUCACUGUCCGGCAGCAAAUUUUCCGAGGGCCAGUAACGGUCCACAGGGGUUGGGAACGUCUGCUCUAGGAUACAUGUCUUCAUUAACCUAAAAUUUACCCAAAAAAAAGUAUUUUUGUUUGUUCUAAAGCAAUUCACUCCUUCAUAGCCAGUUGUCACUUAAGGUGCCCAAACUCACCUUGGUUACCUUAUUUUAUUUUAUCUAAUCAGUUAUAUGUUGUGUUACAACAUACAGUGAUAAAGAAAGGUUACAUCUCUUUAGUUUGCUGUGAUUUAAGGUGAGAGAUUAGUCAUCUGAAGUUACUGUUACACUUAAAAUACGCCGGUACAGAACAGUGAGUUCUCCAUAUGUUCAAAAUUCAAGUUUCUUGGUUUUUGAGUUCAACAAAAAACGAUCAAAUGCGGUGGAAAAUGUUGUACAUAGAGGUUUGGCGAUACUUACUGUAGAGUGAAAGGUUGUUGCUCUUCUGUAAUUAAAAGACAAUCUGUCCUUUUUGCUGUUCCAGUGAUUGUGGAACGUGACUGUAUAUCACUCUGUUAUAUGCAUUGCUGUUUAAAACUAUGAUAAAACGUAUGUGAAUGACCUCUGCCUGCAGCAUUCAAACACUAUUUUUGUAGUAGUUAAGAGAGAGUGACUUGCUCUUUAUAUGAACAUGGGAAAGUAUUUUGUACUUUGUUGUUAAUUCACCUCACUGAGAUGUGCUGUACAUUUUGUACAUGCAACCCUGCAUAUUUCUCAAUGUGGAACAGUGUAAUCCUUUCAACAAAAAAAAGUUGUAUCUCAAGCUUAAACACAAAACGCUACAACAGUGUGAUCCUGAAACCAUGACUUAGAGGUAACAGACAACUUCAAAGUGUUUUGCAUUUAUACUGUAAUCCUGUCUAUAACCAUUUCUGUUAGCAGGAAUAUAGUAAUGUAGUGCUUAUUCUGUGAAUAUUUGUAUGUAUUUUUACUAUGUAUGUACAGUACACUUUUGAAGCUCAUACGGCAGGCAUGCAACACCUUCACAAACAGAAUAAAACUAUAUACUUAUACUGUAUACACUUAUACAUGCACAUACUCUUAUAAGGUAUAUAAACAAAUAAACAUUUUGCUGUUAGCAAUACCCAGUGGUAUGAAAAUUAUCUUUCAACCCUCAUGUUUCCACACGUUAAGAAAUAUUCCCAGUUUUGUAAGGAAAAAAAAAAAAGAAAAGACGACAAAAGAAAAGAUUUGAUGAUGAUAAUAACAACAAAUAAACAAAAAUAUGUUUCCCAGUUACCUCUUGCUAAUAAAUCCAUUUUAUAUCAGGGGCA